GUAGUCCUCUACUUCGCACUCGAGAAUGACAGGUUAAUCGUUCGUCCAUCCGGGUUUUUUGGUUUUGUAUAUAAAAAGAUAAUACGAUGGACAGAUUUGAGUACACCGAUGCUCUAGUACUCCCAAACGAGAACCAAAUCAGGUGCGAUCGUGGCGUCAGGCUUUACGAUGGUGAAAUUAGGACUUCAUUUGAGGGUGGAGAGGUGAUACUUACAAGCCAUAGGAUUGUUUACAAAACGCCAGAUGACGUGACUUUUGCUCUGCAACUCAGGUUGGUCAUAUAUUUCGAAGAGAUCAAUCCUGGAGCUUUAUUCUUCACGCGCAGCAAAAAAGUUAUUUUGCAUCUUGCAGAACCCCACAGUGAUAAACUAACUGGACCUAUAGAUAAUAGUAGAUUCAACUAUGUAAAGCUAUCAUUUAAAGAGGGCUUUGAUCCUACUUUCAUAAUACACUUGUCUGAUGCAAUUGCAAGAAGAGUUUGGGAGAGUGUUCCACUAAGUAUAUCUGCCAGUUUAAGCACAAUGAGUGUGGGGGUCAGUCAAAAGCAGCCACUACCUGCCAUCAAACCAAGAACUGGUAUCAUAGGCAUUGAGCGCAGUCUGCAAGAGCAGCAGAGAGCUACGGAUGAGAGCAUCAACGUUGCCUUCCAGGACCUAAAAAAGUUGAUGGGUAUGGCCAAAGAUAUGGUCUCUAUAUCCAAGACUAUAUCAGCAAAAAUAAGGGAACGCCAAGGAGAUAUCACAGAGGAUGAGACUGUUAGGUUUAAGUCGUACCUGAUGAGUUUGGGCAUCGAUGAUCCAGUCACCAGAGAUGCCUACAAAAGCAGCAACGAAUACUUCAAACAGCUGGCCCGACAACUAGCUGAAAUUUUGGAAGAGCCAGUUAAAGAAGUUGGUGGCAUGAUGGCCUUGACUGAUGUUUACUGCCGAGUCAACAGAGCGAGAGGUUUGGAACUGCUGUCUCCUGAAGAUUUGUUAAAUGCUUGCAGACAGCUGGCACCUCUUAGUCUACCAAUAGUAUUAAGAAUUUUUGAUAGCGGAGUCAUGGUUCUACAGUCUAGAGCUCACAGCGAUUAUGAAGUUGCUGAGGCUGUUUCUCAACUGAUAAAAGACAGAGGCUCAGUGACAGCCACGGAACUGGCACAAUCAGAAGGAAUUUCAGUGGUCCUAGCGUGCGAAAGGUUGUUGAUGACAGAAAAAUAUGGCAAGGCAUGCAGAGAUGAUUCCAUUGAAGCUCUCAGAUUCUAUCCUAAUCUGUUCUUGGAACAGGAGACGUGAUGAGCACAAGCCACACACUCAACUCAAGAUUUCCUAUUGCAAAGUAUAAAGUGGUGCAUCUAAUUUGGCCAUAAGGACAAGGCUAAGCAAGUAUCAGAAGUACAAUAAAUUUCACGUAUUUUUAAAGAAUAUAAUAUAUAUGUCUAUCAUCGACGAAGGAAAGUGUUACUUACUUCUUUAGUAGCGUACGUUAGUACACGAGUGCAAAAGCUUUAAACCGACACAUGUAAAUAGUACAUUACGAUACGUGUGACCUAAGUAGCGAGUAUUGCACGACGUGUAUUAGCAUCCGAGCGCAGCGAGGGUGAUAAAACGCCGCGCACUAAUGGGCUGCAUAGUUCACGAGUAUCGUAUAUAAUUUUGUAGCGCAGCUGCUUAAAUCCGCCAAGUCACGCCUAUCCGUGAUCUAAGCAGUCCAUUAUUUUACCGUGAGGUUAGCGAUAGACACGGUGCAAUAAUGGACUACUUAGGUCACGGAUAAGCGUGACUUAAACGCGGAUUUAAGCCGCACUGUGCUAUAAAAGAUAUUUCUGUAAUAAACACUCGCUACCGAGAACAGCACCUGUGUAUAAAGCUAUAUACAAUGUCCAACAAAAUGUACAUUUCUCAACCUCAGAACUGUUUUGUAUCUGCCAUUAUUUUAUUUAAAGCGCAACGCUAAUGACACGAGAUUUUUGUUAAAAACAA